CACACACACACACACACACACACACACACACACACAACCCGAGCUGCAAUAGAUGGGUUUAGUUUAGAGAACAUUAUCGUGUUGGAAUUGAAAUCUGUUUACGGACGUUUCCUAUCAGUUGAGCGUUUGUUAGUGAGGCAGUGAGAUGUACAACCGGCUUGCAGCACCCAUUCACACCACUGGGUGGAGCCAGACUGGUUUGAAGCACAACGGACACUUAUUUUGUGUGCUUUUCACUAAAUACGUGUGUGUGUGUGGGGGGGGGGCGAUAAAAUCUUUGACAAAUACAAAUCUAGUUUUAAGCGACUUCCAAAAAGCAAAACAAAUAUUUCUCUUUUCAUGUUGAAUUUUUAAAUUGCGAUAUUCUGUACUUUCUUUUUUUUUUUUUCUUGUUUGUUUGAAAAUGAAGUCAGUCCAUUGCAGCUUUGACGACGAAAAACAAAGGUUCCCUCACAACACUUGAAUGUGUGCAUAACGCCCUUGUGACGUUUGCGAAGUGCAGAGGUUUCCUAUAAAUGCCGGACGGGACGCCGUUUUGCCUCCUGACGUGGCCUGAUCCCCGCAGAUUAUGGGUUAGGCUACUCCAAGAGAAUUUGGCACCGGGCGUCAAGGGGAUUAUUCCAGCAUAGUGUCUGAACGAUUUGACAGGCACGCAGACACUUCUAAAAAUAACCGUGACGUUUCAGAGGCGGAAGCCGGGCCGCUGUUGCCGCUGCACUGACACGCGGCGCUCCUCGCUCUCCAUGCCCGAUGAGUGCGAGUGUGUGACUCACCGGCUUUGAAAAGAAAAGUCCCUGAAGAGGAUGAGCUUUGACCUCCCAGUCAGGGAUUGUUCGAGGGGGAUAAACAAGCACCUGGGAUCAGGAAUAGUCCGAGAAAUAUGUUCCAGCACACUGAAGUGUCGAAAUGGCAGCUUAUAUGUAAAAUUUUUUUUUUUUUAAAGAAAUGAAGGAUAGAUAAAACAAAACAAAAAAACAACUAUAAUGCUAAAAAUACGUUUGAACGUAAGCUGUUUCGUAAACUCCCAAACUACAUCCUGGUCCUCUUUGCUGCGGGCUGCCUGCGUUUCAGCACCACGGACAGAGUCUGUGUUGGUUGUUCAGCGAACUGUCAGACAGUUCGCUGUGUUUGAGUGCAGCGCCUAUUCAAAUCAUUUGACCUUUUUUCACCUCUCCUCGAUAAGGAUACAUGUUUUUUUAUGAUUAUUAUUUAUUAUUCUUAUAUAAAAAUUUGUUUCAACCUGGGAAUGGUUUGCUGUGCGACAUUUGUUUCUCCCCCAGACACAGUUUUACAUGUUGGCCAAAAAAAAAAAAAAGAAAAAAAAAGUUACAUUUUGGUCUCAUAUUACCAGCGCGUGUGUGUCUUUGUUGCGGUGUCCUCUGUGGAGCUUGUGGGAACGUUCUCAUGACAGACAGAUUCCCCCACCUGAGUUUUGGAUCUCUGCGCCAGAGUCGUCUCCUUUACCUGCCUGUCAAGAUGAAGUAGACAGUCGUAUCUUGGUCGGUUUGCAGUCGUGGCAUAGCUACUCUUUCCAACAGAGCUUUGUGGAAACAUCUAAAGCUUGUGACACCGUUAACACCCCGCUUUAAACGUCUUAAACAUGUUUAACGCGUUUCUUAGUCUGCGGUGUAUUUGCUUAUAUGUUACCUAACAAACAUCUUAAGUCUACAGAGAACACCUGAAGUUUUACUUGGAUUUUAAACCCACCCAGAGUGAUUCUCUUUACUACUUACGUGGACCGGAUUUGAUUUAGGUGUAGCAGAGCAAAAGGGGCUGGAUACAAAUGAACGCCGCACUUUGCCGCACUGCUUUAUAACGUUUUGUCGCAUAAAAUUCAAAUAACAUCUGUUGGAUUUUGUUGUUUCAAAGUAUCUCAAGUAUGAGAAAGUUGAGGGGGUGUGAAUACUUUCGCGAAGUUGCACCCGAUUAUCUUAUGUGGAACGCGUUGCUGCUUCUCUGUCGUAUUUAUUUUUCCUUCACUGCAUGGCGUUAAAUAUAAAGCAGGCAAGAAGAAUAAAAGAAAAUAGUUUUUUUCUUCUUCUUCUUCUUUUAUUGUGAAGCCUUUAAUUACGCACUUUAGAGUGUCCCAAUGAGACAUCUUGUUGGUCCUCAGUGCGCAAUUGUGCGUUAUUGCCACGCACAAGGAAGGCGUAAUGGUGCAUGCGCCAAUACCUGAUGAGAUGUUCGUGUGAGCGUGCGUCGAUGUGUGUGAGAGUAACGCUGUAGGGACUCCCUUCUCGUCCUCAACUUGCUCAGAAUAUCUUGGACUGACGGAUCCAGAGGGGCAGCCCGGUCACACGACCGGAGCGCCCGGGUUUUCCCCCCAAUAUGCUUCACCCCCUGCUCGCCGCGUUUGGGUCCUUCAGCGCGCCGUGUGCGUCGUUUGGUUUAAUUCCAAAGCUCCCUGCUCUUUCUUUCCCUCUAUUCUGCGCUGCGCAUCAAGGUGGCUACCCGGCGGGUCAUCGCGGACAGUCCGGCGACUGGCUGAAAGCUGAGCCCGCCCGCACGCACGGAGAUACGGACCGCAGUUUUACUUGAAGAGAGGAGGUGUGUAAGGGGAGGGGGGAUGGAGAACCCGGCCAGGUAUCUCUCUUCGGUGCAGGGGAUCGAUUCCGUGCCGGCGCCCCUCGGAGAGAUCAUGUGGAACAGCACUGAAACGGAGGCGACAAACGACGGCGGGAAGGAUAUGGUGGUGCGCACGGUGACCGGCUGCCUGCUGUCCUUGCUCAUCCUUUGGACUCUGCUGGGGAACAUCCUGGUGUGCUCCGCGGUGCUGCGCUUUCGGCACCUGCGGACCAAAGUCACCAACAUCUUCAUCGUGUCCCUGGCUCUGUCGGAUUUAUUCGUGGCCGUGCUGGUGAUGCCCUGGAAGGCUGUGGCGGAAGUGGCCGGGUACUGGCCGUUUGGCACUUUUUGCAACGUCUGGGUCGCCUUCGACAUCAUGUGUUCCACCGCGUCCAUCCUCAACCUCUGCAUCAUCAGCGUGGAUCGGUACUGGGCCAUCUCCAGCCCCUUUCGAUACGAGAGGAAAAUGACCCAGCGGGUCGCCUUUGUCAUGAUCAGCAUCACCUGGACACUCUCCGUGCUGAUUUCAUUCAUACCGGUCCAGCUGAACUGGCACAAAGCCACCGCCGACGGGUUGGCCGGAGCGCACAACUCCUCAGCGAGUCGGCAACUGGAGGAGAACUGCGACUCCAGCCUGAGCCGCGAGUACGCAAUCUCCUCCUCGCUCAUAAGUUUCUAUAUUCCCGUGGCGAUCAUGAUUGUAACGUACACCAGGAUAUAUCGAAUUGCUCAGAUCCAGAUCAGAAGGAUAGCGUCCCUGGAGAGAGCGGCGGAGCACGCGCAAAGCUGCCGAAGCAACAGGAUAGAGUGCCAACACCACAACACGCUGAAGACUUCGAUCAAACGGGAGACCAAAGUGUUUAAAACUCUUUCGGUGAUCAUGGGCGUUUUCGUGUGCUGCUGGUUGCCCUUUUUCGUGUUGAACUGCAUGGUCCCGUUCUGCAACAAGCCGGCUGCGGACAGAGACGCGGGCCUGCCGUGCGUCAGCGAGACGACCUUUGACGUCUUCGUGUGGUUCGGUUGGGCCAACUCCUCCCUCAACCCCAUCAUCUACGCCUUCAACAACGAGUUCAGGAAGGCCUUCGCCAGCCUCCUGGGCUGCCGCUACUUCUGCUCCAGCACGCCCGUGGAGACGGUGAACAUCAGCAACGAGCUGGUCUCCUACAACCAGGACACGAUCAUCCACAAGGAGAUCGCCAACGCGUACGUCAACAUGAUCCCCAACGUGGUCGAAUGUAUGGAGCACGAGGAGACGUUCGACAGGAUCUCGCAGUUUUCUCACAACAACGACAACGCCACAGACUCCGUUUGCGACUUGGAGGACUGCGAAGCGGACAUCAGUCUGGACAGGUUGUCACCUUUCACCCCAAACGGAUUACACUGACUCCACACGUUAGUGUCUCAGAAGGAGCUCUCUGUCUUUUUGAUGUCUGGCGCCUUCUCGUUCUCGGGCUUCAUGGACAGGACCAG